UGCUGCCUUCAGACAGUGAGGUGGCUCCACUCCGAUCGCCCAUACUAAAGCAGACAGGUCGUCCUCAGCAGGGGGAGGGGGGGCACCUGCUGUCCCGCUCCUCGCUGCAGAAGCUGUGACAGCACAUAUUUCGCGAACAGCUGGAAGGAAAGGCAGUCCUGCAACACCUGAGCGGGCUUAACGAUACGACGUCGUGCGUACUGGAGACGCGCCGAUAGCUGCUCCAUCCUGGGGGAUCCCGAAAUGAUGCCCCGUGUGCCGGGCGGCGGCCGGACAGCAUACACUGGCACAUUUCUGUCGGCAUGCCUGAUCUCUGCAUGUCAAGCCGCCCAGAGCUGCGGGGAGGUCCAGUGCGGCGUCAACCAGCACUGCUGUCCGCCCACCGUCACAGGGAACACCAGUGCCAGCUCGAAGGUGAGCUGCUGCCAGCUCUCCAUCCACGCAUUUUUCGACAACGUCGGCUGGUUCACGCGGAAGCUGUCCGGCAUCCUGAUCCUGUUGCUGCUCUUUGCCAUGGGCUACUUCAUCCAGCGGAUCAUCUGCCCUCGGCCCCGGCGGCACCCGCACCACGACCGCGGCGAGGAGCCGUCCCUCUUUCACGGACACACAUCAGCGUCCCAGGAUUCCCUGCUGGAGCGGUACCCCGAAUACAACCUCGGGGGCUUUGCCUCUCCAAACCUGCCGGCCUAUGACGAAGUUAAGUAUUUGCCCACCUAUGAGGAAAGCAUGCAAGACAUGCACAGAGACCGGUCCGGUGAGAACUUGUUGUCCGAAAACGAGAGUGGCGGCCAGGGCAGAGGGAGAGCAACAGGACCGAGAUCCGGAGACCAGAGGCUGGCUGCCCUGGAGGUCUCAGGACCUCAGAGCCCAAGGACAUCCAACUCUGUUUGACGGAGACUGGGCAAGACUACAGAAACAUUGUUAUUCUUAUUUUAAUAUAGUCAGGGUAAAAAAAAAUCUUGCAGAGAUACAACGAACAAGUGCAAUUAUACUCCUGAAUGUAAAGAAUAAAAUAGAAGGC